AGCGGACCUUAACUGCAGCAGUCUGCCGAUCGACGUGGCUGGAAAUGACAAUGUAUAUUUUUUGGCAGAACUAUUUCUAUAAUUAAGUGUAUUGAACGAAUUAUGUAUUUACCUCUAAUUAUAUUCUCUAAAGUUGGACUAAUGGAUAAUUUUGCUGCUGUGCUGUCUAGUCUAAGGUAGGAGGCACAGGCUGCUAAAACGACUCGCCAUUGUGAUCCUUCCACUCUGGUGCAAGAGAAAGUUGUAUUUUUCACUCAUCGUAGAAAGGGAAAGGUAGCCUAUCCCACAAAGAUAUUAGGAAUAUCAACGUUUGGAACGGGAUGUUUUAUCCCUCUGAAGUACAAUUCUACAUCGAAAUGGAUCAGUCACCUCCAGCUCUCCCUCCCAGGUCAACAAAACCUGUGACAUCCUCCAUAAACAACCUCUGCCUUCGUGAACCCCCAGUCUAUCCUCUGCAGGAUGCAGAGUGGUACUGGGGAGACAUUUCCAGGGAGGAAGUUAAUGAGAAGCUACGCGACACACCCGACGGUUCGUUCCUGGUUCGUGACGCUUCCACUAAGACAAAAGGAGACUUCACACUAACGCUGAGGAAAGAUGGCCACAACAAGCUGAUCAAGAUCUACCACCGCGAGGGAAAGUACGGCUUCUCAGAGCCCCUGUCCUUCAGCUCAGUGGUAGAACUCAUCUGGCACUACCAGCAUCAUCCUCUGGUGGAGUACAAUGCCGUGCUGGAUGUCAUGCUCACACACCCUGUAUCCCGCCUCCAACAGGAUGAGCUAGUGAAGGAGGACAGUGUUGACUUGGCUGGUAGGAAGCUCCAGGAGUACCACAGCCAAUAUCAGGAGAAGAGUCAAGAAUUUGACCGUCUGUACGAAUCCUACACAAAAACCUCCCAGGAGAUCCAGAUGAAGCGAACCGCCAUAGAGGCCUUCAAUGAGACCAUGCUGAUCUUCGAAGAGCAGUGUCGUGAGCAGGAGCGUUAUGGGGAGGAGUGUGAGAGGAGCAGUCGAUCUGAGGGAACAGAGAAGGACCUAGAGAGUUUCCUGAUGAACUAUGAGAAGCUGAAGUCCCGGCUGGGGGAGAUCUACAACAGUAAGGUCCACCUGGAAACGGACCUGAGGAACCAGGUCCAGGACUACAGAGAGACAGACAGGAGGAUCAAUAGCCUUAGGCCUGACCUCCUUGAGCUGCGCAACAUCAGGGACCAGUAUCUCAAUUGGUUGAAUCACAAAGGAGUACGACAGAAACGCAUAAAUGAUUGGCUGGGGAUCCAAGACGAAAGCAGUGAUGACACCUACGUGUUGGAGGGGGAAAGGCUGGCCCACCAUGACGAGGGUACCUGGUUUGUGGGCGAGCUUAGUAGGAUGCAGGCUGAGGAAAUGCUGACGGACAAACCCACCGGAACCUUCCUGAUCAGAGAGAGCAGCAAACAGGGCUGCUACGCCUGCUCUGUAGUUGUUAAUGAAGAGGUAAAACAUUGCAUGAUAUACAGCACUCCGCGUGGCUACGGCUUUGCUGAGCCCUAUGACCUCCACUGCUCUCUGAAGGAGCUUGUUUUGCACUACCGCCUCAACUCCCUGGCACAGCACAACCAGGCCCUGGAUGUCCGGCUGGCUCACCCCGUCCACGUAACUCCUGUCUUGUCAGCCUCGUCCCACACAGCCACAGAGGACUGCCUGCUACUGCCGACAGAGGAACACCAUGUACUACAUACUCCUGCUAAACUACCUGCAGGACUCCCUGCAGCCGCUCCAGAGAUGUAGACUAGAUGAAUGUGGGACCUGUUUGGCGCACUGUAGCUAUCUUACGAGGACAAUUUGAGGGUGUUCUUCUUGAAUGUGUGAAAUUUGCACUAGGAUGAUUCCAACAGAUUUGUGAAUGUGAUUUCACUUGAUUGGAACAUUGACCGGAACUUGAAUGUCAGCUGGGAAUUCUUUUGUUUUUUUAUAUGAUUCUGUUUGCUAUUUGUUUGUUUGUUUUUUGUACCCAUUUUUCACAUUUCCUUUUCUGAGAUUUUAUUUGUUUUCAUUAGUGAGCUUGGACAUCUAGGGGAUGACUGACUACAUGUAAUUUGUCACUAUGUUUAUAAUUGCCAGGUGCUGUUUUUUAUUUGGACUUCCAGGGUCCCAUGUUCACAACACAAAGAACUGGUGCUAGGAAAUUGAGACUGUAAUACACCCAAUACGCUGGAAUUUAGAACUUUUGCACGACAGCCAAUAAACUGGGUUUAGAAUAAAAUGGUACAGAGAAACAAGAUGACUGAUGCAGUGGCAUAGCUAGUUGUAGUAUACAUCCCAAAACCUGUGCAGAGUAUUUCUGUAUGUUGUCAUACAAGUAUAGGUACUGACAUGGCUCAUCUUCACAAAAUCACUGUCAAAACAUAAGCCAGUUUCCAGUUGAUAUGUACUGAAUGUAGCAUUGACCAUUUUCUGGAUAUCCUUAGAAUGACAUUCUCUGUGUUUUACCCAAUAACCAAAGCACUUGUUAUUAGUGAAAAAAGAUAUAUCCCAACCAGAAAAGUAUAUUAAUGGUAAUAGGGGAAACACAUCACAUAUGUGCUUGAUCAAAACAUAAAUAGAAGUACUGUAUGUUAUAUUCUGUUACUCAAAGUAUAAGCUUUUUGUAUUUUAGAUAUAUAUUUUCAGACAUUUGACACAGAAGAUGAAAGCUUGAAGAAAGUGCAAUCCAACCGUACCUGUAAUAUCAGAAGUUUUGAUGAUUAAGGCUGGGGACAGGGGUUGGCAGUCAUCAGCAUUUGCCAUAAAAAUGAACAAAUUCUUGAUGGUAGCAUUAUUCACCUGACUUUUUAAGAACGUUGUUGUGUGACUGCCAGUGUUGCAGAAGUGUUAAGUCUGUCUCUAUUACUUGAACUGUGGCAUUGCCCAAUACAAACAAUGAAUGUUUCCUCAUGACAGACAGGCCUAUAUAGCUGAAGAGGAAAGGAAUCUGUUUUUUCUCUUGGCACAUUUAUCAAGUUUGAGGACAAUAGACACUCUGUAUUGAGAUACUGUAAAACUUGUUUUUGUGGUUGGAGGCUGUUUUAGUCUUUCAAAAACUUGACAGGAGGAUUGAGGAAACUACUAAGGGCGAUGCUAACAAAUGUGAGAUUAUGAACGUUUUCUUGCUAAAAUACAAUAAAAUUAUGAGGGUUUUGUUGAA